UGCGUUUGGAACGUACGUUUGAAGCCCGUUUAUUUUAUCUAUUAUUCAUGCACUGGAGCUAUUCAUAAUGUAGCUGUCUUGUUUAUUAAACAAUAUCAUUCUGUUGAAAUAUGGUAUGACUGGUUAAAAAAAACAAAAAAACAUUUUAUUUAUUGUAAGCGUUCAGAACGCUGGAUCGCUCGUUUUUUGGAACUCAGAGGUGCGUCCCUGAAUUGCUGUCUAUGUAGGCAGCUAACUAGGAUUUAAGACACAGCCAUUUCAGAAAGCGUCUCUGGCACAUGGGCUUUAUGAGAUCGCUCGCUCGCUCAGAAGCAUUCUAACGGGACUAAUCCUCGUCUUACAGGCGUCAGCUCGUGCAUGCCACAGUAACCAUCAACAACAACAGCAGCAGCAGCAGGCAAUCAUGACUAUAGACGCGUCCGUUAUUUUGUCCGCACUUUUCUUUACGAUUAUUGCCAUUAUAGUCGCAUCAGCGUUCCUGGCGAAGAAACCUGCGCAAAAGAAAGAACAGAAACAGAAACAGCAUGAGGAGAAAUCAGAGCGGGUUACUGAGUAUCACCAGCCCAUAACAGAACAACCAGCUCCAGCUCCAGCACAGGAGGUGAUUAUUGAAAAGAAAAGGGAACAACCCGUUCCUGUCGCUCCUGUCGCAGAAGCUGAAGUCAUCCCCGCGCAACAAACUCCUGUACAGGCAGUGGUAAAGGCUGAGGAGGAGAUCGCUGUUGAGCCAAAAAAGGAAGAGUCUGCUGCAGUCGCGCCUGUAAUUGAGGAAGUUGGUUUAGUAGAGGAACAGCCUGCAGUUGAACCUGAGAUCGUCCCCCUUCAAGAAACACCUGUCCGGGCAGCUCCAGAGCCUGUACACAAAGAAGUCACAGCACCUGCACCUGUGGAAGAGCCCGUCCCUGUGCUAGAGCCUGAGCAAGUACCCGCCUCGUCACCAGAACCAGUAGAAGAACCAGUGAAGGAGUCUGUCCCAGAACCAGAACCACAGCCUGAACCAGCAUCUGAACCCACCCCAGAACCAGUUUCUGUUCCAACCUCUGAACCAGCGCCUGCAUCCAUCACAGAGCCAGCGUCCGCACCAGCAGCCGAAUCUCUUUCAGACAUCCUAGAGAAUAAUGAUGUAGCAGCUGCUUUACUGAUGGAUGAGGUCGAGACCCCCGCAGUCGUGCCCGGUAAUAAGAGGAUGACCAAGGAGGAGAUGGAAGAGGAGCAGAGGAUAGAGUUCACAAAUGACUUUACAGCUCUUUAACAACACCAGGCAGUAUGCCUGUGUCAGACCACUGGGUACAGCAGGAGCAGCUGGCUGCCAUCUUCAAACUGCUCCGAGAGAAUCAGGACACGUUUGGAGAGAUGACAGAGGGAGAAGUGGAGGAACAACUCAAACUUUACUCACUUUAGUCUGACCACACACACACACACCGUUAUAUUUAGGACAGAACAUGGGCUUCUCACACUGCACUUGACCCCAGUUAACAUCUGUAGCACUGUUUAAAUUUACUAUACUGUACCUACUGUCACAGACACUCCAGCGCUCUAUAAAGUAAUUGUUGGAUUAAGGGUUGAGCAGGAUUUAAUGCUUGUAAUUUGGAAAGAGGUUCACGUUCAACCCUAAAAUGUUAGUGUGAAAAGCUCAGCUUGAUCUCUGCAUGAUCACUGUGUGAAACUACAGAUACUGCAGUGUCCUCAUGACCAUAUCAGCUGAACUUUUUACUGUUUUCUAGUUUUUUAGUGCGUGAAUGGGAAAUGUAAAUAGUAAGUGUUCUUGCAUUUCUUUUGGUGUUGAUAUGGAUUAAUGUUUCAUAAACUAAUUCUAAUCUACUAUAUAGAAUUCACAUUGCAAAUUCAAAAUAUUUUACUGCUGCAAUUUCUAUGUAGCCGAGAUUGUUGUUAGCCUAGUCUUCUUGUUUGUUUCUGUCUACUUGAAGAAAAAAUAUAUAUUAAAAUAGGAUUUGUAUUUCCUGUUA